UCGUCGUCGUCAUCCACCACGAUCCAGUCAUCCAAUCCAACUACCUGAUCGAGGUGAGGUGCGCCUCCAUAUAUGCGCAUGCCAGAUUCACCAUUUGGCUGUGGCAUUUGUCCUAGUCGUCGCCUGCAACCUCAAAGCUUCUAUCUAACUCCUCUGCAGUUGCGAGCCUCUUCCACGCGUGUGCGAGGAUGUCUGCGCUGGCGAAGGCUGUGGUCGCACUCGUGGCGAUGGCCGCCGUGGCCGAGCUCGCCGCCGCCAAGAACCACACGAUCCAGUGGUCGGCGAGCGGGAACUACGGCGAAUGGUCGGCCUCCAACGCGGUCAGCGUCGGCGACACCGUCGUGUUCACGUACGGGCCGCCGCACACCGUGGACGAGCUGCCGUCGGAGGCGGACUACACGGCGUGCAGCUUCUCCGGCGCGGUGUCGUCGGACAGCAGCGGCAGCACGGCCUUCACGUUCGACAAGGCCGGCACGAGGUACUUCGCGUGCGCCACGGGGUCGCACUGCGCCGGGGGGCAGAAGGUGGCCAUCACGGUCUCCGGCGCCUCUUCGCAGAGCCCGGCGACGCCGACGCCGACGACCAAGGGGAACUCGGCGGCGCCGAUGGCCGGCGCGACCGGUGUCGCCGCCAAGCUGGCGCUCGGCCUCGGCGUCGGAGGAGCCCUGCUCGCCGCCUUCUGAGCGAUCGAGUUUCGUGUUGGUUGCGCCGUGUGUCGUCGCGCCUGCACAGUAGCAGCACGGUUGCCACUUGGGCGCUUAGCAAUACGCGUACUGUUACUUUCAUGAUUUGUUACAUUACAUGUUAUCCUACUCAAAAAAGUUUGGUAUUUCAUCCUCGCCAUGUGCACGUGUAGAACUCAGUCUUGUAGUUGUGAUAAUGGAUUUGUUUGGCAAGCUUAUGGAGUUUUUUUUUUUUGAACUU